UCUCCGUCCACGCCCCGCCGUUCCAAGCACGCCGACCGGCAAGGACCUUCGCACCCAGCUUCUGGGGCCCGCCCAGGCACGGGCGGUCCAGGGGCCGCGGCGGAGGCUGGUGGCUCCAGGAUCUUCCUGGAGGGGCGAGAGGGAGGCCUUGGAAAGGGGCAAGAAGAUGUCUAGAUGAGUGGAAGCUGUCUUGGGAAUUGAUUUCGCGGGGGUGGUACAUAGGGACGGGUGAUGUUGAGAAAGGGAAGAGAGAGAUUUAGAGGAUGAAGAAUGCUCAGGGGAGUGAGACAUCCGGGGAGCCAGGAAAGUUUCCAAAGAGGGGGCGGGAGGCCGAGAUGGAGAGGAAAAAAAAUCAGAGCCUUAGAGAGAAGGAAGAGGUGGGACAGGGAAAGCAAGGGAAUGGAAGGGUGAGAAGGGAAGAUACUGAGAAAGAAGAAAGGGAAAUAAAGAAAAAGGAAAGAAGUGAUGGGAGACCCGCCCCCCUCCCCCCAGAAAAAGAGGCAGAGGUGGAAGAAACCUUAAAGAGGAUCCAGAGUCAUAAAGGGGUUAUUGGAACUAUGGUUGUAAAUGCAGAAGGUAUUCCCAUCCGAACAACCUUGGACAACUCAACAACUGUUCAAUAUGCAGGCCUUCUUCAUCACCUGACAAUGAAAGCCAAAAGCACAGUUCGUGAUAUUGAUCCUCAGAACGACCUGACUUUUCUUAGGAUCAGAUCAAAGAAACAUGAAAUCAUGGUAGCUCCAGUGUCCUCACUCUGGCUACACAUCAAAUCACUUGGAGGACUUUUUAAAAUUUUUUCCAUUCCUGGGACUGCACCCCAAACCAAUGAAAUCAGAAUCUCUGAGGCCCUAGGAAAUGGGUAUUUUCUAAAGACUGAACAGGUAAUUCAUACGUGCAGAUAGGGUGGGAAACCAUCU